AUGAGCGGCGCUGCGCCGACGCCCGUGCCCGCCGCGGAGACUCGGGCCGAAGUCGAAGAUGAGAUGCUCACGCGCGUGUGUCAUCGAUACUACCAGUCGCUCUACUAUACGCAGGUGCAAGAGUCCGUGCUGCUGGUCACGAAUCCGUACCAUGCGGCGGUGGAUGUGAACAGCGAGGAUGUGCUGCGCGCGUACACGCGCGAGUUCCGGGAUAUACGUCUGAUGGUCAAUGGCCCGCAGCUGCCGUCCCACAUAUUCCGGACGGCGUGCAAUGCGUAUUUUUACAUGCAGCGGACAGGCCAGGACCAGUGCCUGUUCUUCCUGGGCGAGACCGCGAGUGGAAAAAGCGAGACGCGGCGCCUCGCGAUGCGGGCCCUCGCGAGUGUCAGCUCGGCACUGCCAGGUAAGCGCGGUGCGCGUCUCGCGGCGCAACUGCCGGCUGCGCUGUACGUACUCGAGUGCAUGGGCCAUGCCGCCACCGAGGAGAAUGCGAAUGCUUCGAGCAUGGUGCUGUACACGGAAUUGCAGUUCAGCCAGAAUGGGCGCUUGAUUGGCUUUAAAAUGCUCCCGUACUAUUUGGAGCUCGCGCGUGUAUCGCUGCUGCGCCAACCAGGCCGGGCGUUCCACCUGUUCUCCCUGCUGGUGGCUGGCGCUGCACCAGAGGACCGCCAGCGCUGGCGCCUGGACGGCGCGGAGCUGCGGCUGCUCGGCGUGGGCCAUGCACGCGACAGGGACGAGGCGUCCCGCGCCGCCGCUUUCCGCCAGUGGUGCGAUGCUGUCACCACGCUCGGCCUCUCAACGUCGCAGCGCUCGGAGAUGCUGGACGUCAUCGUGGCGCUACUUCAUCUGGGAGAUAUCGACUUUAUACAUGAAGAUGGGCCGUCUGCAGCAGCGCACGUCGUGUCGGAAGAGCCGCUCUACGUGGCUGCAUCACUGCUGGGCGUUGGUGCUUCGGCGCUCGCGCAUGCACUCACGCACCUGACGUCGGUCGUGCAAGGGCAGCUGUGCACGGCGCUACUGAAUGCGGAGCAGGCGGCCGAGAGCCGCGACCGCCUGGUGCGGACGCUCUAUUCGCUGCUGUUUGCGUGGGUGAACGAGCACAUCCGCUCGUGCUUUGCCCACGAGGCUUUCGAUACCUACAUUGGCCUGCUGGAUCUACCUGGGCACCGCAACCGCAUCGUCAAUCAUCUCGAGACGUUUGCCGUGAACUUGGCCGCGGACACGGUCCAGCGGCACAUGAUGCACAUCAUGAGAGAGCGGCGCAUGGGCGAAUUAGACCAUGAAGGACUCUCGCACCUAGCACCACUUCCGAGCACGGUGUCGGGGGCGGACAGGCUGCGUGUGCUCACACACUACCCUGGCGGCCUCGUGCACAUCAUGGACGACCAGGCGCGGCGGCGUCCCCGCAAAAACUCACAGACAAUGGUCGAAGCGAUGCAGCGCCGUUGGGUGCACCAUGCGUCGCUGCAGGUUGAGCGCGUGGACCGCCUUGGUGCGCCGAAAUUUGUCGUGACGCACUUUCACGGCUCCGUGGCUUACGAGCCGCAUGGCUGGCUCGCGCAGAAUGACGAGUCGCCCGCACUCGAGCAUAUGUCGCUGCUGCGCGGCGCCCAGGACGGACUCGUCGACGGCACGAGCGGUUUUGGCUCGUCUAGUGCGUUUGUGCGCGGGCUCUUCCGGCACGCGUCGGCGCCGGGUACAGCGGUGCCCGCCAAGCGCUCGCCGAGCACGAAGCGCUUAGGGCGCAGUGGCACGCUGCGCGCCGCCGCCUCGCGCGAGCCGCACGAUGACGACGUGUAUGGCGGGGCCCUACAUGAGCCGGCAGCGGCGGCAAGCGAAGGGCCACCUUGUGUGCUGGGCACUUUGCAAUCGUCGCUGCACAUGCUACUCGAUGUCGUGGACGAGGCCAAGGCGUGGUUCGUGCUGUGUGUGCGGCCCAACACGAAUGUGCUGGCGAACCAGUGUGAGCCCGGCAUGAUGCGGCGACAGCUAGAGGCGCUGGACCUGGCACAGCUGCGCGUCGGCCACGAGAGUGACUACAGCGUCACACUCACAUUCACCGAGUUUUGCGAUCGGUACGGCGCACUGCCGAUGUUUGAUGCGGUCGAUAUGCUGGCGGCGCCCGCCGCGGAGGCCAAGAUGCGCGUGAGCGACGCCGUGGCACGGAUGAACUGGACAGACACACAUGUCGCUAUGGGUCUGCACAAGGUAUUUCUCUCGCAUGCCGUGUUCCGUGAGCUGGAGGACCAUUUGCGUGCGACGGACCCCGAAGAGAUGCAGCACCAGCUGCGCAAAGCGAGUGCGGACGACGACGAUGCCGCACAGGCGGUCGUCGAUCCCUACUCACCGUACGAGGCGCGCGUAUCGCGUGCCGAGCACGCUGCGCCAUCGCCGCCCGAGCCGGCUACCCCCGCAUGGCGCGGGUGGUCAUACGACGAACAACAAGGUUUGCUCGACGACGCGGACGGGGAGGAUGUGCUGCUCCUCGACGACACCAAAGAUGCAGGCCCGGGCGAAGCGGCGCCGCCGGCCGGCCCCCAGGUCACAGAGCGCCUACGCGUAACGUUCGAGCGGCGUUUGUGGGUCGUGCUCACCUGGCUGUGCACCUUUUGGGUGCCGUCGCCGGUGCUGGGGCUUUUCCCCAAGCUGCGGCGCUCAGAUGUGCGCAUGGCCUGGCGUGAGAAGCUGGCGAUCAAUAUGAUGAUCUGGUUCGUGUGCCUGUGCUCGAUCUUUGUGAUUGUGUUUCUUGGCAAUGUGGUGUGCCCCCGGCAGCACCUGUAUAGUGUGGGUGAGUUGUCCGGCCACAAGGGCUCAGAUGCGUUCACGGCGAUCCGCGGCGAAGUGUUUGACCUACACAAGAUUGUGGGCGCGCACCUUAGUGCAAUCCCGGUCGUGUCGCGCAAGUCGCUCCUGCAGUACGCCGGCGCGGACGCCACGUCCAUCUUUCCCGUGCAGGUCAAUGCGCUGUGCAACGGGCCGAACGGCCCGAUCUCGCCAUGGGUCACGCUUGACAAUUCGAACAACACGGACGCCAAUGCGCGAUACCACGACUUCCGCGCGUACCGAGGGACGGACGUGCGGCCUGAUUGGUACUACGAGCAGAUGUGGUACAUGCGCAGCCAGUACCGUGUCGGAUUUGUGGGCUACACGCCGAAAGAGAUCCAAAACAUGAUGGAGGACGGGCGCACGAUUGGCGUGUACAACAGCUACAUCUACGACCUAACGGCAUAUGUGGGGCAGGGCAACCAGGGCGGCUUCCGCAUGCCGGAGGGCGUCGCGCCGCCAGCCAACCUGGACCGCACGAUUCUCGACCCGAGUGUUGUGCAGCUGUUCACGCAGAACCCUGGGCGUGAUGUCCGUGCCAUGUUUGAUGCGCUCGCGAUGCCCCCGGCGAAGCGGCAGGACCAGGCGACGUGCCUGCGCAACCUGUUCUUGAUUGGGCGCGUCGAUGAGCGGAGCUCGCCGCGGUGCACGUUUUCGUCGUACAUCCUCCUGGGUCUCUCCAUCCUGAUGGUGCUCACGGUCGGCGUCAAGUUCUUUGCGGCGCUGCAGUUUGUGCGAUCGACGCCGCCCGAGGACCACGAGAAGUUUGUCGUGUGCCAGAUUCCCUGCUACACGGAAGGCGCCGAGUCGAUGCGCAAGACGAUCAACUCGAUUGCGCGCCUGCGGUACGACGAUCGGCGGAAGCUGAUCGUUGUCAUCUGCGAUGGCAAUGUGACAGGCGCCGGCAACGAGGCGCCUACGCCGCAGCUUGUGCUCGACGUGCUGGGCGCGGAGCCGACCGAGGCGGAGCCGCGCAGCUUUGUGUCCCUCGGCGAAGGCCUGAAGCAGCACAAUAUGGCGCGCGUGUACAGUGGGCUGUACGAGCAUGCGGGCCAUCUCCUGCCGUACCUGGUCGUGGCCAAGUGCGGCGCGCCGAGCGAGACGAUGCGCCCUGGAAACCGCGGCAAGCGCGACUCGCAGCUGAUCCUCAUGCGUUUCUUCAACAAGGUACACUAUGGCUCGCCGAUGAGCCCCCUCGAGCUGGAGAUGUACCACCACAUCAAGAACAUUAUCGGCGUGAAUCCCAGCUUCUAUGAGUACCUGCUGCAGGUCGAUGCCGACACGGAGGUCGAGCCGAGUGCACUGGCACGCAUGAUUGCCUUUUUCGUGCGCGACAAAAAGGUAAUUGGGCUGUGUGGCGAGACAGCGCUCGCCAACGAGCGCCAGAGCCUCACGACGAUGCUCCAAGUGUACGAGUACUAUAUUUCGCACUACCUGGUCAAGGCGUUCGAGAGCCUUUUUGGAUCGAUUACGUGUUUGCCUGGCUGUUUCUCUAUGUUCCGCUUCCGCGCGCCUGACUCGCAGCGCCCGUUGUUUGUCUCGCAUGCGGUGCUGGACGACUAUGCGGAGAACCGCGUGGAUACGCUGCACUUGAAGAACCUGCUGUACCUGGGCGAGGACCGCUACCUGACGACGCUCGUGCUCAAGCACUUCCCCGAGUACAAGACGCAGUUUGUGCAGCAUGCGCGCUGUGUCACGACAGCGCCCGACAGCUGGCGCGUGCUGCUGUCGCAGCGGCGCCGCUGGAUCAACUCGACCGUGCACAAUCUGGUCGAGCUACUCAAGACGCCACAGCUGUGUGGCUUUUGUCUCUUCUCCAUGCGGUUCGUCGUGCUGAUCGACCUCUUGUCCACCGUCGUGGCGCCCGUGACGAUCGGGUACCUCGUGUACCUGCUCUUUGUCGUGGCCGUCGAGGGCGGCACCAUUCCUGUGACGUCGAUUGUGCUGCUGGGUGGCAUUUACGGCUUGCAGGCCAUCAUCUUCCUCCUGCACCGCCGCUUUGACAUGAUCGGAUGGAUGGUUGUGUACAUCCUCGGCAUGCCCCUGUGGUCGCUUAUCCUCCCGCUCUACUCAUUCUGGCACAUGGACGACUUUUCGUGGGGCAACACGCGAAUCGUUACGGGCGAGAAGGGCGAAAAGCUGCUCGUGCACAACGAGGGCCACUUUGACCCGCAGACGAUUCCCCACAUGACGUGGGACGAGUACGAGCGCGAGUUAUGGGAAAACCGCGCGCCGCCUUCGGACGAGCCCGUGGGCCUCGGCCCCCUGCCCCACAGCUACGCGGACACGAGCCCAGGACUGUCGAAGCGGUACUCAGACAUGUCUUGGCCGCUGCGCGACGACGCGUCGCUUGCGCCGCUGGACGACGCGAGCGCCAAGCAGCCCUGGGCGAUGGAGCCGCCCGAUCUUUUGCUCGACCCGAUGCCGCCGAGCGCCGAGGCGCCGGGGUUGCCGCGCGACGAGCGCCUGGGACGCCUUCCGCCCAAUGAGGUGCUGCGGUACGACAUUCGGCAGAUCAUCGCGGCGAGUGACCUGACAUCGAUUACCAAGCGCCAGGUGCGCGCGCAGUUGCAGGACCUGUAUGGCUGCCCAAUUCAGGAAAAGAAAGCGUACAUCAACGCACAGAUUGAGGCGGCGUUGCGCGACCUCUAG